CAUUCUCCGACACCUUCACUCUGGCGGAGGAAAGUGAACAGGGAGGGUUCGGUGCUUCUACGAGGGACUUCCCCCCCGACCUCCUGUAUUUACCAACAACAGGCGUCUGUUUCCCAACACUGAACCGUCCCAGUGCGCGGACUCUCUCUGUUAAAAACAAGAGCUUCCCUCUACCUCGACUAAAUAAAUGCCAAGAGUAACUACCCGAGCGCCAACAGACAAGGAUCGCUGCCCAGAAUCGGAGAGAAAGACUCGGAGAAAAACGUAGAAAGAAAACGACGAGAGCGCACGGAUCGUCGCCAUUGCCUUUCUCAAUGCAUACCCUUUGUGCCCGGGGAACGAUGAAACCAGAGAUCAGCGCCGCCGUGACAUUUCUGUCGAGAUUUCUGAGGGUAAAAGGACACGUAAACGAUCGACAGGUCCAAACAUUCAGCCAAAGCUUACAGGACAUUUUGGCAGAGCAAUAUAAGCACCAUUGGUUCCCAGACAGGCCCUGCAAGGGCUCGGGCUACCGCUGCAUCCGCAUCAACCACAAGAUGGACCCGCUGGUGGGGCAGGCGGGCCAGCGCAUCGGCCUGACCAUCCAGCAACUCUACCUGCUGCUCCCCAGCGAGCUGACGCUCUGGGUGGACCCCUUCGAGGUGUCCUACCGCAUCGGCGAGGACGGCUCCAUCUGCGUCCUGUACGAGUCGCAGCCCGGCCCCGUAGUAAUGCAGGCGUCCGCCGCCGGCGCCGGCGCCCCCUCAGGAAACAGCGGGCCAGUGGGCUCCAUGGUGGACAGUCACAUCAGCUGCAAGGAGGAACUGAUGGUGCUGGGCAGAGCCAGUCCCUCCAAAGCCUACAAUAUGAUGACUGUGUCCAGUUAAAAAGGGGGCGCGCGCGCACACACGCCGUCACAACCGGCCUACUCAUGUUCAGGGUCACGCCGUUGGCUGGUCUGAUCGUUUUUUUUGGGCCAGAUCAGGGUGAGCCUUUUUAAAGCUAAGAAUAUGAAAUGAAAUAGUGAAAGAAGAAAAAAAACAAAAAAAAAAAGCGAAAGGAAAAAAAAAACAAAACAGAGGAUGUGGCCUAUCAUCCAGGUUGAUGGAAACCUUGUAGGUUUGAUAUUUUUUACCCCCCCCCCCCUCUCUCCCCAUUUAUCAUCUGUUCUGUUGUGUCAUUGGAUCAGCUGGGCACUCCGUUUUUUUCUUAGGAGAGGCUUUGUGGAAAUUAAAACUGUUGGGGCAGCUAAACCAACCAACCAACCAACCAACCAACCAAGCAAGCAGGAACCCUGGCUCCGUCUACCCCACCCCCCACCCCCCCUCCACCCUCCUCCGACUGUAAACGGCGAUAAGAUCCACCUCUGAAGGGGGUUAUCAGCAUUGACUUUGCACUUUUCUUACUUGUGGUUACUAUGGGUACAUGUUCAACACACCACUACAAAAACACCAGAGUCUAAAUUGUAAGGAUUUUUAUUUUCCAGGAUUUUACCCCCCCACCCACCGUGAAAAUUUUCUAUUUGUUUUGUUUUCUGACUGGGGAGGAAGUUGAAGUUCAGACCGUGUGCCGUUGCUCAAGCUCAAGGUAAAGAAACGCCCAAACGAGAGAAUCUCUAUUUUCUAUACAUAUUCAAAAAAAAAAAAAAAAACAACACAACAAAAAAAAAAAAAAACUGUUUUGGAUCACAGGGAUCAUUGUUUUCUUUAUCUUGUAGCUACGCUCUAAACUUCUCUUCCUCCCUUCACCGUCGACCAGCUCCAGACAAAACCGUCAGACGUGUCGGCCUGUAUGUAAGCGCAAGUGGAAUGUGUUGAGGCACCUGUUACCUAUGGAUACCAGCGUGUCCCGUUGCACUGUCGCCUCCCAUCACCCAUGUGUGUGUGUGUAGCUUUCUGGAGGGAGGAGGGUUAAUGAAUGUUGACGAAAUUCACAAUCAAGUUUCCCGUGUUUAAUUUUUGCCCCCUCCCUCCUUCCCACCGCUUUGUCAUCAUCCCCUGAAUUACCAAAAGUCUCAAAGAAAGUGUAGCAAAAAGAAAAAAAGUGGGUUUUUUUGGGGGGGGCGGGGGCUAUUUACCCAAAUUUUGGUCAAGUGGCCCAGUUAGAAUUGACUUUGAAUGCACUUUGACGUGAGAUUGUGUGGGAUGUGUACUUCUUGGAGAAAAUCGCCUGCAUUCCAUCCAUUCGAAUGUCAUCUUUUCACGCCCUCUUCUUCCCCCCCUUCCUUCCUCCUCAUUUCCCCCCGCUCUCAGCUGUUCUGUUCAUACUGUAGCUCUCGUGGCGGGAUAGGCGGCCGUCUAUCCUUUGGAUUUCAAAAAAAAAAAGAAACACUGUAUUUGUGAACAUUUCAGAGCUGUUGGGUUUUUGUUCAAGGCGGAGUUUUUUUUUUUUUUUUUGGGUAUGUUGGAAGCGUCAUCCGUUCAUGUGGCACUGUUGACUCUGGCACGAGCUGAGCUGUCCCCCCCCCCCCAUUAGACAAACACAGAUAGUUGUUUGUGUUGCUGAUUUAAAAAGAAAACAACCUAUAUAUGAAAAAGAAAGUAUGUCUGAAAGGUCUGGACUAAGUGAUGACUGUGAGACUUUGGCCGAGCGGAGGUCUGGAGCACUGACUGUUCAGAGAUUAAUUUUUAACUUGAAUCGAAAACAGCACCAGGCUUAGUCUUAUCUCUCUCUCUAUAUAUAUACACAUAUAUAUAUAUUUUCAUUUUACAUCAGCUAUUUCUAAGGUCUUUGUGAAAGGGAGAUGCUUUUGUAUGAAUUGGAGCUGCACUGCCUUAACGAGACCUCAUUCUUAUGAAUUAUGAGCCAUUUGUGAUGUUAAAAUAUCAGGCUUAUGAGAGUCCGCCUGGUGCGUCGUGCUGCCCGGACCCUCGCCCGCUGGAGGUGUCCUGUUUCCAGCCUGGCAGCUUCAAAUCCCCCCCCCCUCUCUCCUCCUCCUUAGUAGUUGGCGGUGGUGGUGGGGGGGUUACAGUGCCUCGAGUGCCACAUAUCACCCCUCAGCUCAGACCUCCUGUUCAGCCUGAAAGCUGCAGCGUGCUGCUAGCUGACCCCCUGUGGACGCAGGUAGACUUAAUGUGACACAUAUCAUCAUCCAUCACCGCGGGGAGCUGGGUAAGGAAGGCCGGGGACGAGGUUGGGGUUGGUGGUGGGUGGUGGGUGGGUGUGGGGGGAGGGGUGCGCUGGUGUGAGAGAGAAGGGGCAAGGGCCGGACUCUUUUUGUUUUUCUUUUUGUCCAGGGCAGCUAAAAUCCCUCCAGCCCCUUCUCUGGACCUGUCGAAACAUCCCUCUCUCUCCCUCCCUCCCCCCUACCUCCUACCUCUCCUCGCCACCCCGGCCGGAAGCCCUCCGCCCUCCCUCGGUGAUGGAUAACCAGCACACGCGCUUGGCGUGCUCGAGCUGCACUAAGUGGGGUUGGGGGGGGGGGGAGGCUAGUGAGAGAAACAUGGGUUAAAGAUGAAGAAUUUGAGGGUACUAGGCCAUUGUUUUCAUCUCACUGGACUGCGCUGCACUUGAUUACUGAGUUUGAGUAGCAACUUUGUUUACAUAUGAAAGGAUGGAUGUGGUGGCUGUCUGAUGUACCCCCCACCCACCCCCGCCCCUCUUUUCCCCCCAACUUCACUCCUGGUUCUGGGGGUUGAGCGGUGGAACAGAUGCCGGAGCGGCUUCGGUGUCGCUCAGGCCUUAGCCGCUGGCCAAAUCUGUCACGGCAGGCUGGUUCGCCGCUCAUCGCCAGGCCUACGGGGUGUUUAAGCUCGCCUAAGCCUGAGAGGAUCAUGGGUAAUAUAGCUAUAGCCUUUGACGCACUGCAACCGCCCUCCCUCCACCCCCCCACCCCACCUCCCAACCUGCUCUCUGCUGAUACUCCCUUCAGCAAUCUGUGAAAAGCAGUGAUUCCACGUUAGCCAGAUGGAGAUGGAGAGAGGAGCCUGCUGGGACGGGAGCCCAGAGCUUUUGGUUUCCACGGUGGACGCCCAUUUAAAAAAAUAAAAAUAAAAAAUAAAAAAAAAUUAAUAAUAAUCAUGCUGCUCCGUUAUAGCUUUUUAAUGUCAAUGCGACACCAAGAUGUUUCGGUCCACGUUUCGGGCGCGGGACGAUCGUCUCCGUCAAACUAGAUGUAUCUUACAGUCACACUGGUAGAUUUUUUUUCUUCUUUUUUUUUUUUUUUAAAAUCAUCUUUCCACUCAUCUCCCCCUUCGUCCUCUUUUUUUCCCCCCUACGAGAGGAUUUUUAUUAGUCUGGUGAUCUUACCCACUUUUUAUCUCGUUUUUAGAGCUGUUAAAAAUAAAAUAAAAUUAAAUAAAAAAUCCCCUUGGACACCUUCUCAACCGUGCUGCCACCACCCCAAAAAAAUGAUUUCAAGUCCUCAGUACUAUUGAUUAUUUAAAUGGCAUCCAUUCAGCUUGUGCGCACAUAGGUUACAAAAACAAUUGUCGUGAGAGUGCUUUUGAGUAGUCAGAGGUAAAAUAGCACAUAAAUGCACUAAAUGUUGAAGUUGUGACAUUUUUUUUUCUUCUUUUUUUUUUUUUUUUUGAGACACGAGGAGUCUCUCCUGGAAUGUAUUGCCAAACUCAGGCCUCGGACAUUCAAUAAAUACUCUUUAUGGAGAAGUUGUGCAUGUUAAGACAUGAAACAGGAAGGGAACAGCAGUUUUUUUUUGUUGUCGUUGUUGUCAAUAUUGUCAUCGAUUAGUUGAAUUAUUGCCACUUUCACAUUUGAGGUGUUUUUCGCAUAUUGUAGAAUGUAUUGUAACUGUACAACAAAUGGUAGAGUACAUGACAUUACACAUGGGAAGUGCCAAUAAUUGCUAUCCUGAGGUGUUUUUUAGAUGUGUAUUCCUUUUUUGUAUUUCAUCUUUUAACAUGGAUAACGCUUUUUCGUAAGUGAAGCCAUUCGUGAUGGGAGUGUUGGCAAGGACCAAAGUUGUUUUGGUAAAAAAAAAAAAAAGAAAAAAAAUCUUAGUUUCCAUGAUCUGUAAGUGUAGACGUAUCCUUUGUUUUUAUUUUUCCUUUCGUUUCUUUUCGUUUUUUUUCCCGUUUUGUUUUUUCUUCUAUUUUUUUUUCUAUUUACAUACAAAACCAGAAAAAAUAGACAAAAAAAUCUGAGCUUACCCAAGAAGAAAAGCUGUAUCUUGUGAUCUCAUGUCCGUACAUCUUUAUCGUGUUCAGUUUCUUUUCCUUGGGUAUGUUGUGAUGAACUGCUGUAAAUUUGUACAGUUCAUGUAAAUUGAUUGUGCGGAAGUUGUACAGAUUUCUAUAUUUUGGAAGAAAAGUUUUUUUUCUCUGUAAUAAAAGAUUUCCUAUCUUGGCAUCAUA